AUGACGUCUUUGUCGUUACUCCUACAAACUACAGCAGCCACUACGAAAGCCACAGUUGGUCAUCCUCAAGCCACACCCACGGCGGUGCUAGCGGUGGGUCGGAAGGGUCCUACGGGUCGCACCAUGGGUCUGCGACCUUCGGCCAAGGGUCGCACGGGUCGGGAGGUGGCUCGUACGGCUCUGGUGGACAUUCUACGCAAAUGGUGGUGCAGGACUUGACGCCUAAAGGAGGCACUUGCUUGACCUGGGCCGGCGAGCAUUAUAAGACGUUUGAUGGGAAGAUUUAUAGCUUCAAAUCGCAAUGCCAGCACAUCCUGGUCCGCGACACGCUUGAACACAAGUACACGGUGGCGGUGCGGCCCGGCGCGUGCGCGCGCGCUUACUGCCCCUCCGAGAUCACCAUCUACUUGGAGGAGAAGGCCUAUACCCUGUCUGUGCAUCCGGAGAUCACCAUCUACUUGGAGGAUAAGGCCUACACCCUGUCUGUGCACCCGGAUAUCACCAUCUACUUGGAGGAGAAGGCCUACACCCUGUCUGUGCACCUGGAGAUCACCAUCUACUUGGAGGAGAAGGCGUACACCCUAUCUGUGCACCCGGAGAUCACCAUCUACUUGGAGGAGAAGGCGUACACCCUAUCUGUGCACCCGGACAUCUGCGAAGGCAGCCCGUCCGACGCGGCGCACUGCGCGGCGCAGCCCGACGACGCCAAGAAGAAGGCCCAGCUGUUCUGCGCCAGGAUAUUCAGCAAGGACAAGUUCCGCAAGUGCUCGAAGGUUAUGGAUGUGACCCUGUUGCUAGAAGCUUGCCAAGAAGACUACUGCGCUUGUAAAGAUAGUCAAGAUCCCGAGGAGUGCGCUUGCAGCACGGUUUCUGUGUUUGCUAAGGAGUGCCUACGACAUGGAGUGGAAGAAAUGAAGUUCUGGAGAGAUCCCGACACUUGCCCCAAAACCUGUCCGGACGGUAAGAUCUACAAGGUCUGCGGACCAGACUCCCAGCCCAGCUGCUCCUUUCCGCAAGUGGCCUCAAAGGCCGACAACGCCACCUGCAUCGAGGGCUGCUUCUGUCCCGAAGGCCUACUGCUGGAAGGAGGCAAGUGCGUCCAGAAGGACGACUGUCCGUGCAGACUAAGGAACAGGAGCUUCAAGCCCGGAUCUGUUAUACCUAAGGAGUGCAACAGUUGCACAUGUCAAGCAGGCGAGUGGAAGUGCACUCAGGUGCCUUGUGGCGCUCGCUGCAGUGCCGUGGGCGAUCCUCACUACACGACCUUCGACGGGCAAAGAUACGACUUCAUGGGACAUUGCACGUAUACCUUACUGCAGACUAACAAUAUCACAGUUGAGGUGGAAAACGUGGCGUGUUCUGGAGCUAUUACUGAGGAAAUGAACCUAACACCAUACAAGGGCGAGGGCAGGCCGUCCUGCACGAAAGCCGUGAACCUCAAGUACGACGGCGCCGACAUCCACCUGAAGCAAGGAGGACUGAUUCUUGUUAAUGGGAAAGAGGUGUCUGCGCUUCCCGUCAACGUGGGACAGAUCAGGAUUCGAGCCGCUUCUUCUUUGUUUGUCAUCGUGCAACUGCCUCUGAAAGUGGAUAUCUGGUGGGAUGGCAACACCAGAGUGUUUGUCGACGUACCGCCAUCAUUCCAGAGCAAGACCAAAGGUUUAUGUGGAACCUUCAACUUGAAACAAAGCGACGACUUCUUGACUCCCGAAGGCGACGUAGAACAGUCUACCCUCGCGUUCGCGAACAAAUGGAAGACCAGGGAGUUCUGCGAAGACUUGAGCACUAAGGAACCCGAACAUCCUUGUAAAGCAAACGUUCAGAAUAAGGAAAUGGCUGAGAAGUACUGCAGCAAGUUGAAGAGCAAGCUAUUUGAAG